CGCUUCCAUGAACGGAAAGUGUCGUUGGCGAGUCUCAAUUGCGUACGCUCCCCAAAGAGAUCCGUAAUCGGACCCUUGUCACUCAUAUCAUCAAUUCAUAUGUAGUACAUGACGAAGAGUGGUGUAUGUAGUCUCGGCUGAAUCCUACACUUCCAACGAAUUUGACAGAUGACCGACCGUCAGCGUUCGCCGAGUUUGACGAAGUGAGGACCGAAGAAAGCGAGCCGACAUGGAGGCAGUGCCGAGAUUACCGAUGAUAUGGUUCCAGCUGAAAGUCAGUCCGGAGCCGACCACUUUUGGGCCGAAGCUCAAACAGUAUAUACAAGAGUUUUACAACGAGGACCCAGAAUCGUACAACAAUGAGAUACACCAGUUGGAAAGCUUACGCUCGAUGGCAGUCAGACCGCCAGUCGACAUGGCUGGGUGUGCACUGCUGAAGAAAUAUUAUUGUCAGUUGCAUUUUCUUCAAAGCAGAUUUCCCAUGUACAAAGAAGGUCCCGCAGCAGUCACAUUUACAUGGAGAGAUGCUUACGCAAACUUGGUGUGUUCAUUGGGUAGCAUCCGUUUUGAGAUAAUAUCGAUUUUAUACAAUAUUGGAGCAAUGCACAGCCAGUUGGGGGCACGAACAGAGAGAAACAGUGCAGAUGGAAUGAAGAUGGCAUGUACUCAUUUCCAGUGCGCAGCUUGGGCCUUUGAACACCUGAAGAAUAGUUUUCCCCAGCCAUCUGGUAUUGAUCUGUCACCAGAAUUGAUGACAUUUAUGCAUCAGCUUUCCUUAGCACAAGCUCAAGAGUGCAUAUUGGAGAAGAGCAUGCUGGACAAUCGUAAGCCAACAAUUGUAGCCAAAGUUGCAAAGCAAAUAGUAGAUUACUUCACCAUGGCCCUAACCACAUUGGAGCAAGGUGGAGUCGAAGAUAUUGGAACUAUUUCUGAUACUGUGGGUAACAAAAUUUACAAGAGCUGGAAACGCUACGUCAAGUUUAAAAAAGCGUACCACAUGGCCGUUACGUAUCUUUACCAAGGUCUCGCUGCGGAGGAACAAAGGAAGAUGGGAGAGCGAGUAGCUUUUUAUAAUGCCGCAUUAGCGUCCCUUAACGAGGCGCAUACGAUCUACGAUUUUGCAAAUGUUAAAGAGGAGAAAGCUGCAGUGGAGGAAUCGCUCACGUUCACCAACGAUGUGAUCGAAGGCAAGAGAAAAGCCGCUAAAAAUGAGAACGAUUUUAUCUAUCACGAAGAAGUGCCUGAAAAAGAGAGCCUUGCUUCGGUGAAAGGCGCGUCUUUAGUUAAAGGAAUAUCGUUUAACAUAAAUGAUCCAGAGGUUUCGGGACAAGAUAUAUUUGCAAGAUUUGUUCCUAUGAAAGUACACGAAGCCAAUUCUCUUUACUCAGAGGAAAAAGCCAAAAUAUUGCGUUUUAUUGGAGCAAAAAUUGACGAAAAAGACCAAUAUUUGAACACUUAUCUUACUUCCUUGAAGCUAGAACAUAUGAAUUUAUGGGAUCCUGAUGCACAGACUUCAGAAGAAUGGGAAGACUUACCUCUCCCGGAAGAAUUACUCGAACGUUGUGCUGCUCUUAAUGCAAAACAACAUGUUAUUCAGGAUUUAUUAGAUAUUAUGGGAAAGUUAUCUGAAACAAGCCAAGACGUUGAGAAAGUACUAAAAGAAAUAUUAAAAUUUCUGUUGGAGGAGGAACAAAAAGAAAAACAAUACCAAGACGCAGUAGGCAAAAGACCACCAUCAAUAGUAGCGACAGAUUUAACGAGAGAAGCUAAGAAAUAUGAGGAAGCACACAACAAGGCUUCUGAAAGUAAUCAAGCUCUUCAUAAAGCGAUAACAAUGCAUGUAAAAAAUUUAAAAAUUCUUGCGCAACCGUUAGCUGAUUUAAUGGCCCAGAUUCCUUCGCCAAACGCGUAUCUUGCAGAUCAAGGUUCCGAAAAAUCACAAGCUAAAGAGAUUGAGAAAAUGCAUAUUAAAGAGCUGAAACGUGUAUUAAAUAAAGUAGACGAGAUGCGAAUGCAGAGACUUGAUUUGCUUACCAAAUUACGAGAUCAAAUUGUUCAAGAUGAUCUAACACGUUUACUAGUCACGGCUACGUCUGAAUCUGUCUCUCUAGAUCGUUUAUUUUCGGAUCAACUUGGCAAGCAUCAGAGUUUGGUGAAUUUGAUAGAACAAAAUCUCGCUGCACAAGACAAUAUAUUAGCGGCUUUAACAGAUGCAUAUGCUCAGACUGCCAACGUACGCAAAAAUGUGGAGGAAAUAGUGAAACGUAGAGAAAUGACUAUAUCUUCUUUAAUCAAUUCUUACGACGCGUAUGAGGAUUUGCUAGCUAAAUCGAGCAAGGGCUUAGAAUUUUACAGAAAAUUAGAAAUAAAUGUUUCGAAGUUGUUACAGCGAGUUAAAAGCACAUGUAAGGUGCAAGAUGAAGAGCGAGAGCAGAUACUCGCACAGGACAAUAAGAACACCACGUAUGAAAAGACCGACACGACAAUACCAUCGACUUACGAUCAAGGACGUCCUCGAUCUGGUAAUGGCCUGAAGCUGAAGGAUUAUUUAAACAGCAGAGUGGAAAGCAGCACCGGUUAUCAAAAUCCGUAUUAUAACUUAUACAAAGGGCAUGUUGCUUCGAUGCAAAUGGAUUCGAAAUCAUUGACAACUGACAUGGGAAACAAGAAUGUAAUUCAGUCUUCAAAUACAAUACCCGUGUCGGAAAUUCCGUCCUCGACUGUGAAGUCGCAACAUUAUUAUCCUGCCACAUACGCUGAUUAUAGAACGAGUUCUCCGUAUUCGUAUGGUACACAGACUUAUUACGAAAAUCCAGUUGCUAAUAACAUCUUAAGUCAGAACUAUUUGCCGACCACAACGAGCACUACGAGCGUUUACCAGCAGCCGACUCUGACUACGCCAACUGCAGGCGUAUCUAAUUCGAGUGUACAAUAUCCCUCCAGUUCCUACUUGUCUAAUGAACAGACUCUAUCCACAUCCACUGCGCAAGACAAAUUCCAUGAUGUCUCUUCAAACUACAAUGUUUCUAAUACUGCUUUGCAAUAUGACGCUUAUCAGUCUCCAACGAGUUAUAAUAGCUAUAACAUUACAACACCAUAUAUUCCCAAUCAAGAGAAAGUUACAGUUAAGAGUGGGACAUCUGAGACGUCCACACACGUUCCGCAGCCAGUACCCCAAAUACCUGUCUCUACGAUCGGAGUCGCAGCAGCAAGCGGCACCGCGUUGACGGACGGUCAAGGACAAGCUUCUUAUGGCAUCGUGCAACAAGCUCAGCAAUAUGAUAAUCAACAGAAGACGACUUUGAACCAAGAAAUGUUUCACAGUGGUCAGAACGCUACUAGAUCUCCACAAACGAUGCCAACAAAAGACAGUACGUUGACGCAGAAUUAUUCGCUCCCUCAAACUGUCCACUCUGACAUCACAUAUUCGCAAAACUAUCAGAAUACCACAUAUUACAAUCCAAGCGCAGCGGAACUGCAAACCCAGCGAGUCCCGUACACUCAGGCGUACGAUCCAGCUGUUGUUCCUCCGACACAAUAUAUGCAAUCGCCGCAACCAAGUACGAGCAAUCAGUCUAUACAUUCCGUACCAUCGACAAAUGAAGUCUCUGUAUCGUACUCUCCGAAUUUACAUGGCGUUAGUCCUGUGCAGUAUUCACAACAGACUGGUACGGAACAAAGUACGCAGAAUUACACAGAUAAAACGUACGCUGCGUACGGUACACAAGUACAAAUGAACACCGUCACUCCGAAUUAUCCAAGUACUUAUCAGAAUUAUCAGCAUGGUGCUACGGGUGGUACGCCGUACGAACAGACCAUGUUACCUGGGGACCAUACAUCCAGCACAUACGCCUACAACUCCAGUAGUUCAGAAAUGAUACAGAGUCACGCGAAACCGACAACGGUUCAGAGUUACUCACAAUCCUAUCAAUAUUCGCAGCAAGCUCCUUACUCGGGAUACGUGCAGUAUCCAAAUUAUUCGCAAAGCCAAAAUUAUGCCUACAUGCAAAACGCGCAUGGAACGAAUACAAUGGCGUACACAUAUAAUCCUACUAAUCAGGCACAGGGCUACACUUACGUGCCUCAAGGUGCACAGACUUCUCAAACAUUGGAGGCGACGGUUUCGGUGACGUCCUCCAAUAUCACGGCCAGUAGCAUUUAUCAACAACAAGAGACAAACGCAAGAUAUACGAAUGCGGGUAAUAAUGCUGUAGUCAGUCAAACACCAUCUUCACAAUACAGUCAAGCUUAUCAGUCUCCAACAGGAAACGAUACGUAUUAUACCACACCUUACGGUCUUCAAAUGCAGGGUCAAGCUGGUUCGGUAACAAGACCGGAAAAUUACACCAAUUACAAUCAGACGUAUAUGCAGGCCGUCAACAAUGGAACGAAUACAACGACAAGCGCUAAUCCGAUGAAACUCACGACCAAAUCCGAAGAACCGAAAUCAAACGUCGAUCUUCUUUCUGACCUCGAUAUUACUAUAAAUCAUGCACCUCUUGUGCCAGAAGUACGGCCUCUUUCGACAGUACAAAAGAAAGAGGAGACGACAACAGGCGAUAAUGCAGAAGAUAAUAAGACAGAGAAGAGCGAACAAGAUAAAUCCUGUAAAACUGAACAAGAAGUCGCAGCUUCCGUUGAAGAUAAAAAUGAUCAUGAGAACUUACAAAUCGUAUGGGAUACAUGGUAUAAUGACGUUCAACCGAAAAGAGAUCCUCUAGGAGAACCAGCGGCGUUACAAAAAUUUAUUAAUGAUGUUGAGAAAUAUGAAAAAUUCGUAGAUAGUUUACUCGUAAAGACUUUAAGCGGAGCAACGAAUCUUGAUAUCAAGUGGAAGGAAGUUCAGGACUUCGAAGAACGAGAAAAUGGAAAACAAUCGAGUACUGUAGCGUUAGCUCACUCGUCCGAAAAUCGAACAAUUGAUUGUAUUCCGUACGACACAACACGAGUACAAAUAUCGUCAUCGGAUGUUUCAUCAUACAUAAAUGCAUCCCACAUCAUGGAAAUCACACAGUGGAUACCUACAGCAUUUAUUAUAACUCAAACACCUUUAACGGAUAAAUUAGAUGUUUUUUGGACGAUGGUCUGGGAACAAGAGAGUGAAGUUAUUGCGUGCUUAACAUCUGACGCUCAGUUAAAUGGAGAAUUGUAUUGGCCCAUAAGUGAGGAGGACAACUUGGACAUAGGAAAUUUCACUGUUUCACUAAAGAAGAUAGUUAACCACACAACAUAUAUUCAAAGAACUCUUUCUAUUCAACAUAAUAAAAAGAAGUCUGAGAGAGUCAUUGUACACAUGCAAUUUCUUGUGUGGCCUUCAAAUGGUUUUCCGAGUAGUCCUGGCGCUAUACUCGCAUUUUCAAGCGACGUGAUGACAGAACAGGCAUUAAGGCGUUGUUCUCCUAAGCCCGUAAUUGUACACUGUUUAGACGGCGGUUCGUUGAGCAGUCUGUUUUUAGUAGCCGCUGCGACUGUGUGUCACAUACGAGCUGAUUGUGGAAUCGUAGAUGUACCACUGGUUUUUAAAGGCCUUGCGAAAUGUCGCAAACAAGUCGUAAAUAAGGAAUCACUAUUAUUUGCAUACAGACUAGUAUUGUACCAUGCUCAGGAUAUCUUAAUGAAACGUGGUAUUCUGUCAUCUACUCGGGCCACGUUUGAAAAUUUGGAUGGAUUCAAAGGGAACAAAGAGAAAACAUCGCGAAAAUUACAGUGCCAUCCUUCAGAUGAUUUUCUUCAUAAUCUUGGUGUGGGGAUACAGCGUCCCGAUUCUGAGCAACCAGGAAAAACACAAACCAUUUUAACAAGCGAUAGCGCGUCGGCUAAAAGUUCAUCGUCACAAGAAAAAUCUAAUGGCAGAGUCAUUGAUCCCUUAAGUCAAUUGGAUCCUUUGUGGUCUAUCAGAAGAUAAUUACACAACGCUAAGAAUGUAAAUUCCACUGUGCAGCUUUAAAUGAUUAUUUAAACGAAAUAGGCAUUCCUAUCUUUGUUAAAGUGAUUGAUACAAAUAUCGAGCUAGAAAGAAUUUUUAAGAUAGCUUGUAUAAAUAAUGUUACAAUAUGGAAUUAAAAAGUAAUAAUGCAAUCUAAAUUAGCUUUGAAAUAAAAAGACAUUUAUUCAAGUAUUUGUGUGCUAAUCCUUAAGUUUUAACAGUUUUACUGUCUGUUAAAUAUAUAGAAUAAAAAAUAUAAAA